AUGGAAACUGAGUGGGACACUGCCAUCGCCCGUCAUGAGAUGUUUUCCCCCAACUGGUCCCGGUUGUCUAAAGGGGAUACAAUUUCAGUUGUCAUCAAUGGCCUGGUUUUUACAGAGGAGGUUGUCAUUGGUCAGUCGCUGCCGGACAAUCAGCCGAUUCGACUGUAUGGUGACAUUGAUGCUCAGGUGCGUGGCUGUAAGUGUUUGACUGUGUUGGGUGCUGUGGUUGACUUCAAGCCGCCGUUUGUGGAUUUGUUGUUAACUGACUUAAGCAUGACCCUUGCCCAUGGACUCAAACCUGCUGCCGACCUUUUCAAGACUGUUGAAUUUUGUGCUGGACUUGGUGCCACUGGUGUUGGACUUGCUGCUGCUGGUUUUGACUUGGCGUGCAGUGUUGAGUGGCGUUCCCCCCUUGCUGCUGUCUAUGAAACUGUGCACCCCACCGUCCCGGUUAUCGUUGGAGACAUCACUGAGUUGGAAUGCCUCAAACAGGUUGCUGCACUGGUGGACUCUCCGUUCUGCCUCACAGCCGGAAUCAGCUGCCAGCCAUAUUCCAUUGGAGGAGCUCAGGGAGGCAGCACUGAUGAGAGAUCAAGCACACUGCCAGCUACCAUUCGUGCUUGCUACCUUUUUCAAUGCCCGCUCCUGAUCCUGGAGUGUGUACCGCCAGUCCGUACCAACCGGUACGCGAGAUCCCUUCUUUUGGCUCUGGAGAGGGAAUCGGGGUACCAUUUGACUGAGGUCACACUGCGCUUAGAGGACACAUGGGCAUCACGCAGGUUCCGUUGGUGGCUUGUUGCGACACAUCCAUCACUUGGCAAGGUCUCCAUCCCUGAUUGGCCACAAGCUCCAGGUUUGGUGGUUCGUGAUCUGAUGCCUGUCAUCCCUUCUUGGUCAGACGAAGUCAUUGAGGAGCUUCGACUAAAACCCCAUGAAACUAGCAUGUUCACGUUGGAUGGAUCACACAUGAGGAAGUAUGUGUUGCAACUUGAUCAGAAGAUGCCGACAUGUUUGCAUAGCUGGGGGAGCCCUGCAGAUCCAUGCCCAUGCACCUGCCGAGCAGAGCCCUUCAGUGAAGCCUUGAUCAAGAGUAGGGGCAUUUAUGCUGUAGUGGUCCCAAUUCCAUCAACCACUGGAGAACCCCAGUAUCGGCACUUGCACCCUGCUGAACUUGCCGUCUUGAAUGGACUUGUGCCUCCCGAUGUUUGGACUUCUUCACAUCACCCAUCACUGCGUCUGUGUCUCUGUGGCGUUGGACAGUUGGCUUCUCCCUUGCAAGCGUUGUGGGUUGGGGCAUGUGUUCGCACUCAGUUGUUGCAUAGGCUUGGGCUCCCUGCACCAACGUUGACACCAACCGGUGCCUUGCAGCAGAUGAAACAGCAGCUGUAUGAAGCCGCCAAAGCCAUGUUUCUCAGUGCGCCAACCGUUGCACCCACGAUCCCAGAUCCAGAAGACGCCGAUGUUGUCCUGCUGUCCCCGUCAGAGGUUGUACUUCUGUAUGCUGACACCACCCAGGUCCGUGUCCAGGUGUCUCCUGAAGCCACUGUUGCACAGUUGCGCCAAGCAGAUGAUGCCUUGCAAGGAGUUGAUGACGGAAAGUGGAUCGAUGCAGUCACAUGCUGUGCGUUGUCAGGUGAUGACACUGUCAGUGGAAGGACCAUCCGAGUCUGUGCAUCCCCGUCCAGUGAACCCAUGUCGGAGCCGGCCAUUGAUCCCAAUGAGCUUGAACGUGAGGUACCGUUGGUCCCUGUCGGUCCCUUGGUUGUCACUCCUGCGUCCACGUCCAGCCCAGCUGAUGCCAUCGAGCCCGCCAGUCAGUCAGCCAUCAAGCGCCAUUGCACUGUUGAUGUUCGUUUGCCCAGUGACACGUUGCACGGCUUUUUGGACUUGUCUGGAGAGCAGUUGGCUGCUUUGAUCCCUCCGUUGGUUGUCACAACUGAGCAUUGUAGUGCCUUACGUCAGGCCACGACCACCAGCACCAUGCGUUUGCAGAUCCUGCAAAACCAAGGAGCUGCUAUGGCAGAUGAUGAGUUACACCUUCAUGUGUUGUCUUGCGUGCAACUCACAGGCCGCUUGGACUUGGCCUUCUUGGAUCCCUUGCUUGCCACUGGAUGGCUUCGGUGCGGUACAGUUGAUCAAGUCAAGACAUGGAUGCACAGUGUCCCUCAUGCCACCUCCAUUGUCAGUGUUGUUUUGCUUGACGGCCAUUGGAUUCCAAUUAUGUGGUCACGUGGUUUGAGUGAGGUCCGUGUCACAAUGUGGGAACAUGAUGAUGUGUCCAUCGAGCCUCUUUUCCCUUUGCAUGGACUCAUCAGCCAAGCUUGGGAACGACCCAUGUUCUCCCUGGCAUGCUACCGCCGAUCAUUUGCCAGAGACCACUGCGGUGCUGCGUCGGUGUGUUUCUUAGGCCAUGUCUUACUCAACAAGCCUUUGCCUGUCCACGCUGAGGACCUCUUGCGCAUCCAUGAGGAACUGAGGAGCAGUUUUGGUGCAGCCCUUGGACUUUUGACAGAUGUGCCCAAGCCAUGGGGUUGGGGCCUUGGUGUUCCCGAUGUUGUUGGUCUUGUCUCCAACCUGCUGCAGCUCCAUGGUGUCCCGCAUGCCCAGUGUCAGUUACGUGCCAAGAUGCUGAUCCAAAGCUUGGGAAAGACGGAAGUCCAAAGUGCUGUCACUGGAAUCACGCCGUGGAAGUCACUGAAGAUUUUGGCCAAUGCACACAAGCCGGUGAUCCAGCUCGUGCUGCCUGACGAGCAAGCCCAGUACGCUGCAUCCAAGCAAGCAUCCGCCCCACAAGCCAAGAAACAGCCAGGUGGUACCAAGCGCCUUACACCCGCCCGACCAGCUGAGUUGGACCCUGCCAAGCUGGUCAUUGACCAUGGAGCCUUUUGUGUGGAUUGUGAUGAACCUCUCAUGCAGACACCAUUCAAUGCUCUUGGCCCGCUGUCAGUAGGAGUUGCACUGGCCACGUUCCAGGAUGCCAAGCCUUUCUUGGAUGCAGGCUCCCUGUUGUCAUCUGGUGGACUUGCCAUGCUGAUCAUCAACCCUCCAGCUGAUUUUGCCACGUCGCUGCAAUGGUCCUCUUUGCGGUUUGCUGCCAGGUGUGCUUAUAACCAGGAGCCCAUGUUGCUGUCAGGUGCACUUGUCCAGCUUGGACGGAAGACCGUAUAUCAGUACAAGGCGAAGAAUGUCCCUGCCAUCAUGUCAGUUGAGGUAGCUACUGUUUACUUUGACCAGUGGGAGCAAAAUUGGGAAGACUUCGCCAGCAAGCCUGUCAAGCAUGUCCUUGCCUGCAUCCCAUGCCUCCAGACCUGUCGCGUCCCGUCCUGUCAAUGUCCUGGCUGGCACCCGUCCCCGACUGACCAGCAUGAUGCUUUGUUGGAUGUUUUCCGCCGGCAGUUCUUUGGUGAAAAUGGCCGUCCUACCAAGUGGGACAAAGCAGACUACUUUGCUGUCCUGAUCAGGUAUGUGAAGUGUUUGGAGCCUGCCGUGCUUACAUUGAGCGGCCGCUGUGGCCUUUUCAUUGAACCCAAAACUGAGGAUGCAAUGCAGCCACAUGGUGACUACCAGGUCAUCUGGUUACCCAGCUUGGACUUUGCCACGGUGUCUCACAAGGCCAAAAUCGAGGCUCACUGUCUGGGAAUUGCCAGGUCAGGACGACGCUAUGGACUCCGCGUCAAAGCCCAGCAUUUCCAAGAGGUCUUUGCAAGUGUAAAACCUGAAGCAGUCUUCCUUGCUCCUAGGUCUCGGAUGACCUACCAUACUGGCCCAUGGCCGUAUGGAUGCGACAGAAAGAGCAUCGCUCGUGCUCUCAAAGCGGCAGGCUGGAAAGCUCGACCUUUGCAACCGCUGCAGAAUGUGCCGGGUGGUCUUGUCUGGUCAGUCCAAGCAGUUUGCGAGCCCCCAACCAAUGUGCUUGCCAUGCAGCAUGGGCAGGUCGUUUUGACACGCCAUGACACAAAGCCAGCACCAGCUGAGUUGCCGCCCAACGUUGUGGGUCAAGAGGCCACAGUGCGCAUGUGCUCCACCAUGCCUACCACAGAAACGGAUCCGUGGCUCACGCAUGACCCGUGGAAGAAGGCCAUCGCUGCAGCCCCGCAGCCACCCGUGCCUGCUCCAACUGCCAAUGCCCUGCAGGAGUUGGAAGACCGAGUCGAGCGCAGCAUCUUGGCCAAGCUGCCCCAGCAGAAUGAGGGUAUGGAGGUGGAUGACCAGGACCAGCGCAUCGCCCAGCUCGAGAUGCAGCUGCACCAGUUAGCUGGACGCCAGACCCAGCUGGAAGCCACUGUCUCUGACAACCAUGCCCAGCAGUCCGCCCAGGUCCACAACCUCCAACAGCAGAUGUUGGUUCAGAUGGACCAUCAAUCCAAGCAGAUGCAGACGAUGCUGACAGACCAGAUGAGCAGGGCCUUUUUCCUCGCCUUUUUGUUUAUGCAGACUUGCCGCAUUGGUGAAGCUCGAAAGCCUGGCCCCAACACUGAUCCGACUUGGAGCAUCGGGAUUUGCAAUCCCUCUGGAUUGCAAGGGAAGUAUCAGUUGGUUAGCGGUGUUGACGCCAACAUUCUGGCCAUCAGCGAGUCUCAUUUGACCAAAAGAUCCAUGCACAAUUUUGACCUUAGCCUUCGGGCGAUGCAUUCACGUUUCACCAGAGUGAUCACUGGUGCCCCUUUGGCACCUCGUUCCCACAGUAGCGAUGCUGGAGGAUAUGCCGGGGUAGCAUUCACCUCCACGUUCCCCUGCAGAACUGUAGCUGUCCCAUGGCCUGCAGAUGCAUAUGAGUCCAGCCGUGUUCAGAUUGGUUCGUUCUUCAGCCCAGCGGGAUGGGUCACAGGCUCCGUUGUCUAUGGAUACCCAGCCGGAAAAACACAUGUGGAUGCCAAGGCGAAGACAGAGCAGCUUUUGGAUUUUGUCGUUAAUCACUUGAACGCUGUGCCAGGUCCCCGUUUCUUUGCCGGUGAUUGGAAUUUUGAGAUUCAUGAGCUUGCCUUGGUUCCUCUUUUGCGUGCGGCUGGUUGGGUUGAAGUGCAGGACCUUCUGCAUAGCCGUACAGGCGCCCCGGUGCAAUUGACUUGCAAGGCAGCCACAAGAAAGGACUAUCUGUGGUUGUCCCCAGAACUUGCGUUGGGCUUUAUGGAUUUGCAAUUGGACUUUGAGACCUUUGCUGACCAUGCAGUGCUUGUGGCCCAGUCCCUGAACCCCCUGGCGCUUUGGACUUUCAAGCCCCAGUUGACCCCACUGCCCAAUAUGCUGCUCUGUGGUCUUCCCGUGAAGCUGCUGCCAAAACUGCACUUGCCGGCGACUGGCUCCCCAGUAUGCGUGGCCGUGGCCAACAAACCAAGCCAAGGCGAGUUGUGA